GGGCGGGAGCGGGAGCGGGGGCGGGGUCUCCGGGUCCAGUCGGCGUCUCCUCCGGGAGCUGAGAGCCCCCAGUCCUGGCGCGGAGGAGCCCCGUGUUCCCCGUGUGCAGCCCGCGGUGCUUGGCGGCCCUGCCUGGACUGUGGGCGGUGGGGCGGGGUCCGGCUCUCAGUCCUCAGGUGUGCCCGGCAGAGGCUCAGGUCGCCCCAUCUGCAGGUGGGUCGGGCGGGGGUCCGGUCGCUCCGUCUGCAGGCGGGGCGGGCAGAGGUCCGGCAGCUCCGCCCGCAGGUGGAGGAUGGGCGCAUGAGGGUCCCGGGGCCGUGGCCCGGUGCAGCGUGUGGACCCCGGCGCAGCCUCUGCGACGUCAGCAGCAUGAGCCUCCCGAGCAGCGGGCCGGCGGCCAGCCUCUUUGACCUGGACUGCACCUCCGGGCAGGUCCGCUGGGCACUGGUGGCCGCCGGGUGCGCCUUCUACCUGGGCGUCUUUGUGGCCUGCCACCAGCUGUCAUCCUCCCUGAACGCCACCUACCGCUCCCUGGGGGCCCGAGAGCAGGUCUUCUGGAACCUGGCGGCCACGCGCGCAGUGUUUGGCAUCCAGGGCACCGCGGCGGGGCUACGGGCGCUGCUGCUGGACCCCGUGCUCGAGGCCGACAAAGUGCUCGGCCAGCAGAACUGGUGCUGGUUCCACAUCGCCACGGCAACCGGCUUCUUCCUCUUCGAGAACCUCGCACUCCACGUGUCCAAUGUGCUGUUCCGCACAUUCGACGGGUUCCUGGCCGUCCACCACCUCUUCGCCUUCCUCGGGUUUCUCGGCUCCGUGGUCAACCUCCAAGCUGGCCACUACCUGCCCAUGAUCACGCUGCUCCUGGAGAUGAGCACUCCCUUCACCUGCAUCUCCUGGAUGCUCCUAAAGGCCGGCUGUGCGGACUCGCUGCUCUGGAGGCUGAACCAGUGGCUGAUGGUCCACCUCUUCCACUGCCGCAUGGUCCUCACCUACCACAUGUGGUGGGUGUGCCUGGGCCACUGGGACGCCCUGGCCCGCAGCCUCUUCCCGCCGCACUGGGCGCUCUUCGUGGUUGGGCUGGGCCUCCUCACGGUCCUCAUCAACCCCUACUGGACCCGCAAGAAGACGCAGCAGCUGCUCAACCCCGUGGACUGGAACUUCGCGCCCGGCCGCCCCAACGGGCCGGCGCCGGCCAAGAAGACGAGGUAGCGGCCUCGGCCCCGACUGUCCCCGCGGCGCCGGCCCCAGGCCGCGUGAGUACUGACUUCCACGUGGCGCCGAGUACCUGCACCUGGGCGCGCUUCGGGGACAGAGUCCCGCCGUGGUGACGUCACGGCCCGAUGUGCUCAUUCCCGCGAGCUUGGCCUGUCUGCGCCGUCGCCCCAAGGAGGGCCCGCGUGGAUGGAUCGCACUAAAGCGUGUGUGCGUCUUACUCAAUAGCCCCGUUCUUUUUAGUUGGAGAGAACUGCCCCAAGAGAACAUAAUCCGGUCUCUUACCCUGUUGCCAUUCCCAGGGCUGAGAUGUAAGCUGCGUCUCCGCAGCGCCAUCUCGUGGCGAGCGCGGGGCAUCGUCCUGGCUUGCGGCUGGGGGCGGCGGAGGGGUCUUCUCACCAGGGAAGCUCGUCCGGCGAAGAGUUUUGUUUCCGUUUUGUGUUUCUCUGUUGGCACAUUAAGGGAGGUGUUAGUAAUCAGAUUUGUCUAGAUUUUAGAGCUGUUUUUAACUAAGUUUCCAACAGGUGCCCCGCCAGACCCUAACCCCCUGGUUGGGGGGCAGUGGUCGGGGCAGUGGUCACUCUCCCUGCGAGCAGUGGGUGGACCUGGCCCCUUGGAGUGCCCGGCUGCAGGGCCGCCUCCUCACCUCCCGGUGACGAGCCCGGGCCCCACCUUCACUGUGUUGGGCCUGGGUGGAAUCUACAUGCCGACCCACAAUUUUAUUGACGAAUACAUACUGACAUCUUAUUUUUGCCAUGAGUGGGCAAUUAAAAUGAAAAGCUCGUAUUUACUGACAGUGCCCUUGAACUGUUUUUGAAAAACACAUUUAUUGGUCGUGAAAAUCAUGUGUGCCUUGUGCUUGGUCUGUAACACGGCCCCUCGGAAGGGUGUGUGCUGAUUUCUGGUACUGUGACUUGACUGUACGUAGGUCAGGAGAUGUGAUCCCUGCUUGUGUCAUUUUGAUAAGCGUUUUAAUCCUAGAAACAUCCAGCAAACCGUGUCCCUGCUGAGACUCCUCUCUCCCUCGCUGAAGACCCUGGGCACAUGCUGCCCACUCUCCCGUCCGCAAGCAGGGGGAGCCGAGCUGGCUGUGUUUCCAGCCGGUCAGAACUUUAAUAAAGUAACCGAUGUUUACAGAA